UUUCUCUCAGCUGAGGCUCAACCAGAACACAAAGAUUUCUCAAUUACUGGAUGUUCUGAAACAGAGAAAGAGUCUAUGACUGGAUCUGACGGAGAGGAGGCGUGGCAUGCUGACUUUAAUCAGAAGACAGGAGUAGUUACAUUGCCUGAUUUUGCAGAUCCUAUGAGCUUUCCAGGAUUUUAUGAAGUGAGCCUGGCAGACCAAGAAGUAUGCAAACAAAACCUGGCUGUACUCAUUAAAGCUUACAAGAGUCCACCAGAGGAAAUGGAACCCCCUGAGACGUCCAUCUAUCCAAGGAACGAUGUGCAGCUGGCUGUUGAAAACACGCUCAUCUGUCACGUGACAGGCUUCUUUCCUCCACCUGUCAAUGUCUCAUGGACUAAGAACAAUGUCGUUGUGACGGAAGGCGUGAGUCUGAGUCAGUACCGACCGAGGAGCGAUGGUACCUUCCAUGUGUUCUCCUCUCUGAAGAUCACUCCUGAAGAGAGAGACAUUUACAGCUGCACAGUGAACCACCGAGCCCUCCAGGGCCAACCGCAGACCAAAAUAUGGAGCGUCCCGGAGGCGGCUGCUGUCCUGCCCAGCGUGGGUCCGGCGGUCUUCUGUGGAGUGGGAUUAACUCUGGGGCUGCUGGGAGUCGCUACUGGACUCUUCUUCCUUAUUAAAGCAACUACAACUGACACGCCAGAUAUGGCCAAAAACAUCAAAUAUUUAAUGCAGUGGACCCAAUCAAUAAAGACAGUUCCUCCAGGAUUCUGAAGACAGAGAAACAGUGCAUCUGUGUGUUGUUUUAGAUGAUGGACAGCAUUGCUGCUGUUGAAGAUUGAUAAAUGCAAAGAUCUGGUUUAACCUUUGUUGAAAUUGGAUUAGCUUGCUAUGUAGCACUAAUCAUGCUUAUAUCUAGAAGACUUUUUGUUUAUAUAUUACAUUUGCAGUUCAUCAUAAGUAAUCUAAAGAAAUCACAAACUUUAUAUCGAGUUACUUAAUAAUUAAAAUGACACUUUUGCUACUUUC